AUGACGAGCAACCCUCCUACUCUAGCUCUAAAUUUCAGGAGAAGACGUGUUCAGCACAAAUGGACACAGGAGGAGCGCAUGCUUCUGUGUUGUAUGAAGCGGUUUUUUGAUCUUUCGAAUAGAGACAUUACGAAGAUUUUUAACAGUCUCUACGAAACAAAGAUCCGUAAUGAGGGAUUUUCAGACGGCUUGCCAAGAUCGACGGUGAACACCCAAUGGGAAGACUUGAGACGAAAAAGACAUCUUGAUUUCAACCUUGUUCAUCGAGAACCAGGAUCAUCAGUUUCAGCGGUGCCUGAGUCUACUGAGAACAGUCAAAGCUCAGAUGUUCCCGAGCCAAUCACUCGCAUAAGGUCUUAUGCAUUGAAAAACGAGAUCCAGCCACCAACUAGACCUAGCAAUGUACCGGGCCUACUUUGGCGAUUCUCAAAUGAUGAUUCCAUGGGAAUCAAUCAUAGAUCAGGAUAUAUUGCUGGUGCUUUUAUCAACGACAUUGGAAAUAUACCGUCCCCAGAAGAAAGAGCAGCUGAAUUUCCGACAUGGCUUGAAUGCCACGUUAGGCCUCGAAGAAUCCCGUCUCCGUUCAUAUCAAGCUCUAUGGAUCCCCUUGUACCUAUUCAUAGAGCAUUGACUCGAGGAAAAAACGCCUUUGACCUAAUGAAGCAAUACCAAAUUUACACUCCAGGCUACAGAGGGGUAAAAGAAUACAUCAUAUGGGGUGCCAUCGGUCGAGGGGCAAUUGUGAUGUCGUUCAGAGCAGACCAUUUGAUUACGAUUGCUAACGAGCAUCCCGACAUCAAAAAUGCUUUACAGCUAGAGUUGAUAUCAGUUUCUCCUAACUGCAAAUCGCAGUUAUACAAAAAGAUAGCAACUAAAGAAUUUGAAAACGAUCUCUCUAUCGGCAAAGUUAUCGGCAAGUUUCUUAGACUCCUUCACUUACAACAAGAAUAUGUUGAGGAUGUUGCCCUUGCUCUUAAUAGCUCCUGGUCAUUCACUUCUUCAGAAACAAACACAGACUUUCUUCGAGGUGCACGUCAAGCAUAUCAGGAAAUUGCAUCGCCUCUACAAAGUCAGACAUCCGCUUCUCAAAGUCAGAGUUCUCCUGAUAGGCGACCAAGCAAUAUUGAUCUAGGUGACCAGGAUACUCACGACUACGUUAUAGUCGAUCGUCCACAGGCUGAUCGAACAAUCCAAGAUCAGCAACUACGACAGUCCAUUGACCGCCUUAGUAUUCACGACAAUGAAGAACUACCUAUACAAAACUACAGCAGAGUCAUUGCCGCUCGUUCUCCAUCUGUGGCUGCAAGAACUGUAGCGACUCGCCGAAUCUCCCUUUUUGAUCAGGAAUCUGAGUCGUGGGUUGUGAUACCAGAGGCUCAGCCCUCUAUCAGAGGUAGAGACCUAAUAUUGCCAUCAAUUGAAAAUGGAACUCCGCCAUGUGAACAAACCGAUGCCCAGCCGCCUAGUUCUCAGCAGCCCACGUUUGAGACUCCUACCAGCAGCCCGAAAAUCAAACGCUCUCGUAGCGAGAGCACAGAUAGCGAGUCAACUUUAAGCCCCUCAACACCCGCUCGCCAGUUUUCGAGAGAACGAUCCCAUGUCGAUCGCGUACUUGGAAUCGACUGGGCAAGCUUUUGGGACUCAAUGCAGAACCAUGCCUAG